AUGAAGACAUUAAUUCUAAACAUAGAAAUGCAAGUAAAAUACACAUAUGCAGUCUUCAGCAAGAGGGUGAGGAGAGGGACUUGCAUGAGAACUUUGGGAAUUCUUUUUCAGAUAUCUGUGCAUCAGACUUGCCACCUACUAAAAAAGCUGAAGGCUUCACAAAGCAGUUCUUGCUUGAGGAGGCAGAGAUUCUCUUGAGUUACAUUAAGAGAACUUGUGAUGGAGAAAAAGUCCUGGACUUUUACCCCCAUCAGCUUCUGGAAAGUUUGGAACACUUCAGCCUGGAGCUCUCUCACCAGCCAGAGCACUUGGAACAAAUACUUGCUGAUUACAGAGACACCUUAAAAUAUGGAGUUAAAACAGGACAUCGUUGCUACUUCAAUCAACUUUCUAGUGGCCUUGACAUUAUUGGUGUAACUGGGGAACGACUCACAGUUGCAGCAAAUACUAACAUGUUUACAUAUGAAAUGGCUCCUGUGUUCACUAUCAUGGAGCAGAUUCUUCUGAAGAAAAUACAUGAAAUAAUUGGAUGGAGAGAAUUUCAAGCAGAUGGCAUAUUUUCUCCAGGGAGGACCAUAUCAAAACUCUGCAGUGUUUUGCUGGCUUACUACAAGUCUUUCCCUGAGGUUAAAACUGAACACGGUUGGGUUGCACUUCCACAUGUUGUGCUGUUUGUUUCCGAACAGAGCCAUUAUUCACUGAAGAAAGCAACAGCAGUUCUUGGAACAGAUAAUGUUGUUGCAAUGAAGUGUAGUAAAAGGGGGAAAAUUAUUCCAACUGAUUUGGAGGCUGAAAUACUGAAAAUCAAAAGAUGA